AUUUUUUUGAGCUUUCAAUAAUUUAUUUAAUUUAUUACAAUAACUUAUAUGAAGUGUAAUAUUCAUUUUUACUGUUUUUUAUAGCAAAGUCCUCCGAAUAUUCUAAGAUGGGUGUAAAUUUUUAUUAUUUGGUAUUUUUUAUCUUGCUGACUUUAAAAUAUGGAAUGUUGUCUACUGUGAGCCGCCUAGACAGUGAUAUUAAAUUAUUUCAACACCCUGAAACGUUUACUGUGGAAUCUACAGUGGUUUUGAGCGAGCUUGGUAAAGAAUUGGGUAUCAAGGUGAAGGCUAUUCUAAAUUUGAAACCGAUUUGGAGGGACACACAAAAUGAUUACCUGCUUAAAUUCAAUCUUUUGUCUCCACAGCAGCUAUCAAAAAGUAAAAGUCAUGAGUAUUUACCCCAGAAGUCUCUGUGGGACUCUUACCCUGACACAGAGUUCUAUGUUCAUUGGAAAAAUGGGAUCAUUGCUGAGGCAUACAUGUCCCCUUCAGAACCAAUAGAUGUUCUCAAUUUGAAGAAGUCCAUUUUAAGUUUAUUUCAGUUUCACAUAUUUGAAGGGGAAAGCAGUGAAACAGAUGUAUCUGGAGUCUGUAAGGUGCAAUAUGAAGCAGUUUCUCUGCACAACAUCAAAAAGAUUAAGAACAAAUGUGUAUGGAACGAUCAAGAGUUGGAUAAAGAUAUAGCCUCAUCACGGGUCACAUUAUAUAAAUUAGGAGAAGCUCUAAACAACAUUAAAGACAUCUACUCGAAGGAAGAACAUAGCCUCAAGGAUGAGUCGCUCAGAGCUCGUGCCUGGUUACAUUUACACCAUGAAACCUCCAGUGGUGAGAACCUUCCUCUCGUAGAUGGAUCCUUGGCUGAUGCAUUGCAGAAGAUACCCUCUACUCAUCAGUUAAUGCCACUGUCGAUGCAACUACCAACAGAAGACAAAGAAAAGAAACUGAAUGCCAAAGAGCUAACUGCUCUAUUGGAGAGUGCCACCGAAGCGCUGGCUUCAGAAGCGGGCGAGGGCGGCACCGUGGACGCCGCGGCGUGCGCGAUUCGCGUGCUGCCCGCACUGAGCGCCGCGUCACGUGACACCCUCGCGGCCGUGCUGACAGACACACACACGGACCUACUGCCCGUUGUAUGUCGUCUGCUCGGUCUGACCGGGACCGCCGCCGCGCACCGCGCCGCUGAGCGCGUGCUGCAGCUGCUUCGCGGGGACCCGGCCGUCGCGCUGUCGCACCACUAUCUAGAGGGGCUGGCUUUGGCGCCUGAACCUGAGGAGAGUGUGGUGACAGAAGUACUUCAAAUAGGUGAUGAGACCCCUCACAAGGACAUAGCAGAGAGCGCGUUGCUAGCGGCGGCGACGGCGGCCACACGCCUUCCGUCCCUUUCUCACGCACCAAGGAACGUACGGGACGCAUUAGUGCGCUCGCUUGCACGCUGUAAGGAUGACGAGUGUCGCGCGGUGCGUCUCCUGGCCCUCGGCAAUAUGCGUCGCAGUGACGUCACACAUAUCCUGCUCGAGCACGCCGAGCGUCCCUCGCCCGCUGCGCUCGCGGCGCUCGACGCGCUAGCGUGCGUGCCCGCACUCGACGCGCCGCGCUUAGCCCGCUUGGAGGGUGUGGCGCUGGCUUCAAGGAGUUUAGAGAUACGUGCAGCCGCUUUAGACCUUUUACUCCAAAGGACCGAGCCUAAAUCUCUUGUGGCGCUCCUCAGUUCGCUGAAUGAAACUGCGCCGUCGGAGCUUCGCCGACUCAUGUGGCAGCGCCUUAAUUUACUAGCAGAGGAGGAUCCUCGCUGGGCUACCCUUCUCGGGGAGCUACCCCUACACCUACGUGGGUGGAGUCACCGCGCGGCUGCGGGCACGUCCGCACUGCUCGUCCGCGAGGCGGGGCGCAGCGGCGACUGGCGGGCGCGGCUACAGUCGGUGCAGCUGACGCGCGCCGGGCUCCUGCGCCGCGCCCGCGUCACACUCAACACGAUGACGGCCGGUGUCAAUGAUGACACGCUCGCUGUGGAGCUAUGGGCGCGCGGCCUACAGUCGUUAGCGGGCGACGCGGACGAGGCUGACGCUGAUGAGGCGGUGUCGGGCGGACUGGCAUUUACAGUGGGCGGGGCCAGGACAAGGAGCCUCACGAUGUUCGAGAGCCAGGGCGAGCUACUAGGCCACGUAUGGGCGGGCACGGGCAGCGAGCCCACAGCGGUGCUGCGUGCGUUGCGCCCGCUAAACCCCGUGCGAGCGACGCUGCCGCUGCCCGGUGCCGUGUUGAAGCUCACCCGACUCGCCGCUGUAGCUAUUGCCAUGGAUGCGCAGGCGCAGGUGUCACUGUGGUCGCGAAACGCGCGCACAGCGUUGACGUUACGCGGCGCGGCGGUGAGCGAAACGCGCGCGGAGUUCGCGCUCGGCGGGCGUACAGUACGCGUAGCCAGCGUGCGCGCCGCAGAGCCCCGCCUACAUAUCGCGGCAGAUAUAGACUUCUACAGCACAACCGCUAUGUGCGUACGAGUCAGCACCGACCCGUACGAAGUUAUGCACAACGCAACCCUCGCAUCGAAAGUGGGCAGGUCAGAGCGGCGCGUACGUGUUGCGGCGCGCGUUGCGGGCGUGGCCAGGACGCUAUCGCUGGGCGCACUUAACGACCUCACCUGUGCUACGAUGGGGGCUCUCUGAGACUGAGCGCCAUCGCUUUCAAGCUUAGCAAGGCGACAGUUAAAAUAUUAAAUACUAGGAGAUUUUAUAAAUGGAAUGCAAGGUUUCCAUUGUCAAACUAUUUUUCCGUUUCUAGACAAAACUUUCGUUAUAAUAUGGUUUAUUGCUGGCACGCAAACUUGUCACGGAUUUAGGUAUUUAACCUACUUCUUUGAUCGAGUUUUGCCGUUUCCAAUUCGUCACUCUUCAUAUCGAUCUUAAAAUGUUCUCAUUUUCUUUGAUAGUAUAUCAAGCUCAAGAUUGUUCGUCACGGCCGUAGCUAGAGAGGGGCAUUGGGGGGCAAUGCCCUACCUUAAAAAUA